AACAUAAGUAAAAAAACAACACAAUAUUGAAUUAAAAAUUAUAAUUAAAGCAAAUUGUUGGAGAAUUGUAAAAAAAGAAAAUUACACAAAAUUUUGUUCAAAAAGUUAAUAAAAAUUUCUAAAAAUGCUGGAUGUUAUAGAAACUAGGAGAACGGCUGCGUGAGCAGACGAUACUCUCUUAUCCAUCCAAACAUCCCCCCACAAAAAACACUAACGUGUGCCUGCUACCUGCGUGUGUGUGUAUGAAUGACGGUGGAGCAGCUCAACGCCAGCAAAAAGAAUUAGCGGCCACAGCAAGAUUAUCUAUCUUCUCUACAUUUAUUGAAAGUAUUUAAUAAAAAAUACGAAAAAAAACUAUAGCAAAGAAAAUAAUAAAAACCAACACAAAACGUAACGAAAGAAAGAAAAACCUAAACUAAAAACUACUUACUGGAGUUGAAAAAGAAGAUAAAACAAAGUGAGCGCCAAUUAAUAAUAAAUAAUUUUAAAGAAAUCUUCAAAACACAACAACAACAAGAACACCAGCUACAUCAGCUGGAAAGGAAAAAACAACACAUAAAAAGGAGUAGUUGAAACAAACAACCACAAACUUUAGUAAAUAAACUCACACACCAACCAAUUAACCAACAAACCAACCAAGAUAAAUAAACCCACAACUUGACAUCACACAUUUUCGUUGCAAACCAAAUAUAACAAAAUGUAUGGCAAAUCGAAAACGUCGUCGGUGCCUUCAGAUGCUCAGGCCCGUGAAAAAUUAGCUCUAUACGUGUACGAAUACCUGCUGCAUGUGGGAGCUCAAAAAGCUGCACAAACUUUCCUCUCCGAAAUCAGAUGGGAGAAAAACAUAACAUUGGGCGAACCACCAGGUUUUCUACACACAUGGUGGUGUGUCUUCUGGGACCUAUACUGCGCUGCUCCUGAAAGACGUGACCAGUGCGAUCACUCAUCAGAGGCUAAGGCCUUCCACGAUUAUGGUUUUGUUAGUUCGGGCUAUGGCGUCAACGGAAUUGGCCCCGGAGGUCCUCACAGUGCUGGUGGUCCAGCGCCCAGUCCACUCGGACAGAUGCCACCCGGUGGCGACGGUCCCAUGGGACCAGGCGGUCCAAUGGGAGCGAAUUUCUUCCCCAGUUCAACGAUGAGACCUUCUCCACCAACACAUGCGUCAAGUCCGCAGCCCCCACCAUCACAAAUGAUGCCGGGUCAGCCACCAUUUAUGGGUGGACCACGCUAUCCCGGUGGUCCGCGACCCGGUGUGCGUAUGCAAGGUAUGGGUAAUGAAUUUAAUGGUCCGCCCGGACAACCCAUGAUGCCGAACAGUAUGGAUCCCACGAGGCCGGGUGGCAUGGGUCCCAUGAAUCCUCGCAUGAAUCCGCCCAGAGGACCAGGUGGCAUGGGCCCCAUGGGUUAUGGUGGACCAGGUGGUAUGAGAGGUCCAGCACCCGGACCAGGUGGCAUGCCGCCCAUGGGUAUGGGCGCCGGUGGCAGACCACCGCAAUGGCAGCCUAAUGCAACAGCACCUAUGAAUGCGUAUUCAUCUUCUUCGCCUGGCAACUACGGUCCCGGACCAGGUUCAAAUGGUCCGCCAGGCCCCGGCACGCCCAUCAUGCCCUCGCCACAAGAUAACACACAAGCGGGCCCUGGUGGUCCUGGCGACAACAUGUACUCGCUAAUGAAACCAGAAUUCCCCAUGGGCGGUGGACCGGAUGGUGGUGGUGGCGGACCCGGCGGCAUGGGUCCCAUGGGUGGCGGUCCAAACUCAAUGGGCCCUGUACUUAAUGGUGGUGCCGGCGAUGGCACCGGUCUUGAUGGUAUGAAAAACUCACCAGCCAACGGAGGACCCGGUACGCCCCGCGAAGAUUCGGGAAGUGGUAUGGGUGAUUAUAAUCUGGGCGGCUUUGGAGGACCAGGAGAGAAUGAUCAAACGGAAUCGGCGGCUAUACUCAAAAUCAAAGAAAGUAUGCACGAAGAAGCGAAAAGAUUUGAAAAAGAUUCAGAGCAUCCUGAUUAUUUUAUGCAAUAACCGCCCGGACAAAAUAUACCACCACCAACCCCAACACCACAUUCUACAAUACAAACACCACAACAAUUACAGCAGCAGCAACCACAUAGUAACUCCUCCAUCACCUCCUCCUCGACAUCUACAAACAGCUCCUGCCCCUCGUACAGCAGUUAUCAACAGCAA